AUGACCGAUAAAAAAGAAAAUGAGUCUAUCGACCAUUCCAUGAUUGAUCCAGAUACCCUGACAAAAUACAAGAGUGCUGCUCAGAUAUCCCAAAAAGUAUUGGAGGCAGUUACUGCGCUAUGUAUCGCUGGGGAGAAAAUUGUGUCCAUUUGUGCUAAAGGAGAUCAACUCCUUGAAGAAGAGAUAAGCAAAGUCUACAGAGGCAAAAAGAUAGCAAAGGGAAUAUCUCACCCAACAACUGUCUCUCCAUCUUCGUUCAUCACGCCAUACACUCCACUUUUAUCUGAUGAAGCAGAAGCAGCCGUGACGCUCCGUGAAGGAGAGGUUGUUAAGAUCCAGCUCGGUGCACAAAUUGACGGCUUUGGAACUAUAGUAUGCGAUACAAUCGUCAUAUCAUCUAUCGAAAACCCAAAAUCUGAGAUUGAGGGUCGCACAGCUGACUUGAUUUUGGCAAAUUACUACGCCAACGAGCUUCUUUUAAGAUUAAUGAUUCCUCCGGGGCUUCUAUCAUCUGGAACUGAAGAAGAUAAAGCCAAAGAAGUUAAGAUUAAAGCUCCAUCUCAAACAAAAAUUACUCAACUCUUGGAAAAGGUUGUAAAAAGUUACGACUGCAACCUUGUCGAACACACUACUAGCUGGCAGUUUGAGAGAAAUGAAAUUGAAGGAAAGAAAAAAAUAAUUUUGGCUCCCGGCGAUGGUGCUAAAGGUGAGGGUGUUCCUGACGUCAGUGAUGUAUGGGGAGUCGAAGUGGGUGUCAGUUUGGGAUCAGGGAAGAUAAAAAACCUAGAGAACAGAGCAACUCUUCACCGGCGCACUAACCUGACCUACGCAUUAAGGAGGCCUAGCUCCAAGAAAGUCCUAAACGAAGUAGUCAAAAGAUUUGGAGUUUUCCCUUUCAGUCUAAGACAGUUAGAAGAUGAAAGAGACGCAAAAGUAGGAGUCGUUGAGUGUGUCCGUGGAAAUGUUUUUCGACAAUAUGAAGUUGUUGGUGAUAAGGAUGGAGAGCCAGUUGCUAGGCUCCUUACAACCAUCGCUUUAACAAAGAAUGGGCUUCAAAAGCUUGCAGCAGCCCCACCUGUAGAUCUUUCAAGGUUUAAGACAAGCAAAAAGAUAACAGAUGAGGAGGUUCUACGGAUCCUUGAAUUACCAUUAGCAAAAGAAUCAAGAUCAAAGAACAAGAAGAAAAAAAAGACCGUUAAGAAAACUUCUCCUAUCGCAGAAGAUGGAGAUAGCGAUGAAAACGGUGAAUGA